AUGGCCGACUACGCGACGGGCCUGCACCGUGUCUUCUAUGGCUCGGUGCAGGAGCCCGAGCCGCUCAAGGAGCUGCAGGAGCGCCGCUGGCAGGUGAAGCAUCUUUCGAUCGCGGCGGACUGGGACUCGGCGAACCUCGCGAGCGCGCGGCUCGGGCCGAACAACACGGUCGUCCUGGGCACCCUGCGCGACAACCACGGCACCGCGCAGGAGACAGGCAACCGCUCUUGGUUCUACUUCUCCGUCGAGGGCCACGCCGCCGCCGAGCACGUCACGUUCCACAUCACCAACCUCAACAAACAAAAGUCCCUCUUCGUCACACACGACCACCGGCCCGUCUUCCGCCUGAAGGGGUCGACGUCCUGGGAGCACCUGCGCUUCCGCGUGAAGUACCGGCGCAGCGACACUGGCGGCGAGAUGACCUUCACGCACCGCUUCACGAGCGCGAAGAAGCACUACUUCGCCCUCUGCUUUCCGUUCUCCUACGACGACAACGCCACGCUGCUGCGGCGCACCACGGCCCUCCUGCGGGCGCACGGCGCCACCGUCACCGCGCCCCCCGCGGGGCGUCUCGCGCAGUCCCCCGCGCCCUCGCCCGCGCGCGCCUCGCCCGUCCCCGCCGCGCUCCGCAACAACACCGACCCGUCCAAGUCCGUCCCCGCCGAGGCGCUGCGCUCCCGCAUGGACGCCAUGUCAGACGCGAGCUCCUGCAGUGAGCAGGAGGACUCUGACAACGAGGGGGGGGGGUCGAGCAGCGGCGCGGGGACGCAGGAGGGGGAGUCGCGCACGGCGUCGUCGUCGCGGCGGGGCUCGAUGGAGCGCCCGGCGACGAGCCCGCCGCUGCCGGCGGCGGGGAGCGACGGCGGCCACGUGCAGGGCUUGCAGGGUGUGGGGUGGCACGGCGGGGGCGUGGCGGCGCCGCCGCGCGCGGCCGCGGCGCGCGGGGCGGUCUCGCCCGGCGGGAGGCUGAGCAGCGAGGCGGCGGGGGUGUUCUUCCGGCGCGAGGCGCUGGCAGUCACUGAAACGGGAAUGCGGGUGGAACUGCUCACGAUAACUGAGGCCGGGGGCGGGCUCACGGACGUGGGCCCGGGCGUCGCGCUGCACCCGUCGGGCCCGAACAUGCUGCCCGACCAGCGGCCCUCAGACGGCCACACCGGCCUGGGGGUGUGUCCGGAGUUCCCCGGGAGGGCUGUCGUCGUCGUCAGCGCGAGGGUGCACCCGGGGGAGACGCCGGCGAGCAUGAUGAUGAACGGCGUCAUCGAGAUGCUGCUGCGCCCGCACGACCCGCGCGCGGUCGCCCUCCGCCGCAGCUUCGUCUUCAAGCUCGUCCCGAUCCUCAACCCCGAGGGCGUCCGCGCGGGGCACUUCCGCCACGACCUGCACGGCGUCAACCUCAACCGCGCCUACCGCAGCCCCGACCCGCACACGCAGCCGCAGAUCCACGCCCUCAAGGCCCUCCUGCUGCACUACGCGCGGCAGGACCGCCUCGGGCUGUACCUCGACCUCCACGCCCACGCGAACAAGCGCGGCAUCUUCGCCUACGGGAACUCGUUCGACGACGUGGAGCGGCAGGUCGAGGUGCUGACGUUCGCGAAGCUGUGCGCGCUGAACUGCCCGCUGUUCGACGUGAACGGGUGCAACUUCUCCGAGCGGAACAUGCGCCUGACGGACAAGAACGGGGACUCGAAGGAGGGCUCCGGCCGCGUCAGUCUGUUCCGGGAGACGGGGCUGGUGCACAUCUACACGGUCGAGGCGAACUACAGCACGACCGUGCAGCAGAACAUCACGCCCGACGCCGUCGGGCGGCCCGGCGCGGUGUCGCCGCCGUGUCGCUCGUCGGCGCCCGAGCGCUUCACGGCGGGAUCUCUGAUGAGCGCCGGCCGCCACCUCGCCGUGUCCGUGCUGGACCUGCUCGGGGAGAACCCCGCGUCGAGGCUGCCAUACUCGGAGUUCGGCGCGCUCUCGGAGCUCAAGGGCUGGCUCCGGAAGUGCCUCGCGAUCGCGCAGAAGGAGAAGAAUGGAAACAUGUCGCUGGUGCUGCAGCCGCCGCUCCCGCCCUUCCCGCGCCGCCGCACGCGCCCCGUGCAGCGCGAGUCCUCCCGCGCAGGCGCCCCGCGGCGGCGCCCGGCCGUCGAGCGCGGCGCCAGCACAGGCUCGAUGCGCCCGCACGUCGCGGCGGCGGACGCCGACUCCGCAGCCGUCCCGGCCCUGCCGCCGCCGGGAGGACGCGCCGGCGCCGCAGGGAGGCACGUGCCCACGCGCAGCGCGUCGGCGGUCGCGCCGCACACCGCGCACCCGCCCCGCCCUGGCCGCGGGGCUUCGUUCCAAGCCUCCGAGCGCGCAGCGCAGGCCGCGCACGCGCACGUGCGGGCAAGGGUCAUGCGCGACCUCGACAGCGCGUCCGGCUACGCGAACGGGCGGCCGCACCGCGACCAGCCCAGCAAAGACCCCCCCCCCCCCGCCGCGAAGAACGCCGGCGGGCCGGCCCGGCGGCCGAGCGGCGUGGCCAACAGCGAGAGGCCGCCCGCGCAGAUCGUGGGCCUGAUGCCGCCGAGCGCGCAGUCGGCGCGGCGGAUGGAGGUGCCGGUGCCAGCCGACGGAUACCUGCCGGGCAUUGGGGGGCCCGUGCGCAGUGCGAGCGCGCGGGACGGGGCGUGGCCGCCGUCGCGGAUCCCGCGGCCGCCGCUGCGGCCCGCGCCGGCGGUGUGGGCGACGGACGGCGGGCCCGUUGGGUGGGGCGACCGCGCGCCUGCGGGCUCCUGGCGGAUGCUGGAGCCCGGGUCGGCGGUGACCGGGCUGUUGCAGCCGGGGGAGGUGGCGCGGAUGCCGAGCUUGCGGCAGGGGCGGUGA